AAAGCGAACGAUUAAGCGGAAACAGGGCUUGCAUUAAUGGCUUUGAAAGUUAUACGUUGAUUACAUGCUGCCUGGCAAAGUACAUUCGCAAAAAUACCACUGCACGGGGCCACAGGGCGAAGCAUAUCGCUCUCAUCUCUAUUUAAAAUUCCAAAAAUGAAAUUGCGUGCAUUCUAAAUGCCACAUGGGAACCAUGACAAAAGACUACGACUAUCUGUUGAAAGUUCUUCUGGUGGGUGACAGCGAUGUGGGGAAGCACGAGAUACUCUCGAACCUGGAGGAUCCAUUCCCCGAAAGUCCCUUCUGCAGCGGAAAUGAUUGCACCUCUCACAUCCUCCAAACGGUAGCAUACAAGACAACCACAAUACUAUUGGAGGGUAAGCGGGUGAAGCUCCAGCUGUGGGACACCUCCGGCCAGGGCCGAUUCUGUACAAUCAUUCGGUCGUAUUCGCGCGGCGCUCAAGGUAUUAUACUAGUAUACGAUAUAACCAACAAAUGGAGCUUCGAUGGCAUCGAUCGUUGGCUAAAAGAGGUCGACGAGCACGCUCCGGGCAUACCCAAGGUUUUGGUGGGAAAUCGCCUACAUCUGGCGUUCAAGCGGCAGGUGGCCGCCAAACAGGCCGAGACCUAUGCCAGUCGCAACAACAUGUCCUGCUUUGAGAUAUCGCCGCUUUGCGACUUCAACAUACGCGAAUCCUUCUGCGAGCUGGCCCGCAUGGCGCUCCAUCGCAACGGCAUGGAGCACAUUUGGCGGAGCAAUAAGGUGCUCUCGCUGCAGGAGCUGUGCUGCCGGACGAUUGUGCGAAGGACGAGCGUGUACGCGAUCGAUUCGCUGCCCCUGCCGCCCUCGGUGAAGUCCACGCUCAAGUCAUACGCUUUGACCACGUCGCAGUGCUACAAUUCGCUGACGCAGAGCUCGAAGAGCAAGAACCGCUGCAAGACGCCGACGAGCAGCAGUCGGAACAGCUGUGCGAUCGCGUGAUCGCUGCCUUGUAGGUCGCUGCUGCAGGCCCACGGCCCACGCGAGCUGCCUACAACAUCUGCCUACAACAGCCCCCCUUCCCCAUCCGACAUUAACUAUAAUUCAACUAUAAUUAUGUACUCUAGGCUAACACACACCACACCACACACAUACACCCCACCACGCACGUGGACUUCUCUCCAUAACUCGAUUCACAUUAUUACUAUUAUUUUGUUUGUUUCCAUCGAGAUUGAUAUACUAUGUUUUUAUUUAUUGUCACCAGAAAACAGAACAAGGUUUACUUUUUACACAGUAAAAUUUAAAUUUUAGUUAAUUAUAAUGCUCCAUCUCACACACAUCUCGCAUCUCAGAUCCCAUACCCCAUAUCCCAUACACCCUGUAUUUUCCGAUCCCUUGCAUUAUUCUAAUGUUGUUAAUAUUAUUAUGUUUGUAUAAUUAUAAUAUGUAAAGUGCUGACAACUCGAACAACACUACAGCCACCGCAACACCCACAUCAUCCGCAACCAAUCACCGAACCGAACCGAAAUGACACUGAAAGAUCAGAAAGAUCGCAUCGUUUGCCGGUUUAUCCAUUAUUGAAUCAUACUAUAUUUUUUUGCAUUUUUUUUGUUCGGUUACUAUCGAUUUAAACUUAUUCUUAGAGAUGAAUGUAUUCGGGAGCGAAUCCCGCGGGAGGACACACACUCACACGAAAGGCGAAUUGAUAAAGAUAAUUCAUAAUGAACCAAGAAACAAACACA